AUGUUCUUUCCUGUUAUAUUUAUAUUUAUCUGUGCAGCAAAGGCUGGGCUGAGUGUGAAUGUCUCCAAUCCAUGCCCAAGGAUGUGCAGAUGUACACCUGAAGAGACCAUCCUGUGCAACAGAGCCGGACUGAAAACCCUCCCUGGAGAGAUAGCAGCAUCCACCAUCGCUCUGAACCUCUCCAACAAUUAUCUGCGGACUCUCAACACCAACACCUUCAGAAAUCUGACUUUCCUUCACAGCCUCUGGCUGGAUGGGAACAAUCUGACAUUCGUGACCCCGGGCACUUUCCACGCUCUCGGCAGGCUGCAAGAGCUGCACCUCAGCAGGAACUCACGCCUCACCUACCUGCACGCAAACACUUUCAGAGGACUGUUAAACCUCAUCAGCCUGGAUUUGUCCCACUGCAACAUCUUCGAGAUCCACCCACUUCUAUUUUCACACCUGCCUUCUUUGGAAAGGCUCGACUUAGCCUCCAAUAACAUGCGGUACGUCCCGCAAGCCUUUAGGAACCUCUCCAGCCUCACAGAGCUGUCCCUGGAGGGCAAUCACAUAGAAGCCAUCGGCAGAGAUUCCCUGAGAGACCUGGAAACCCUGUAYGAUCUGAACCUCAGGAAGAAUCGGAUAUGGAUCAUUCAAACCGGGGCUUUCGCAAAGCUCCUCAGACUGGGCAUGUUAAAUUUAGGACAYAACUUCAUCACUGAUUUGCCUAAUCAGCUUUUUGAAGGGCUGAUCCAGCUCAAGACCAUGCACCUUGAAGCCAACAGGAUCACCGCCGUGGACUGCACCUUCAGACAGCUGCUCAACCUGAGAAACUUGUACUUGAACAACAACCGGAUCUCCUCCAUCUCAGACUCUGCUUUUUUAUACCUGAACAAGCUGCACUUCCUCCACCUGAGCAGAAACAACCUGAGCUCGCUGCCGGCACGCGUGUUUGCUGAGCUGACCAAGCUGCGGUACGUGUUCCUGUCGCACAACCCCUGGCGCUGCGACUGYCRCACGCGCUGGCUCUGGCGCUGGACGGCCACRCGCAGGGCGGUCAUCCAGGGGCUGGACUGCGCCUUCUCGAGCCCUGCCAACGCCACAGAGCCUGGUGACCGCUACCCUGGUGACCUGGGGGACUGCACGGUGCCACUGGAGCCGGCCACUGGGGACAAGUGCAGCGUGGCUGGGACCAGCGUGGCCCCCGCAGCCCCGGCUCUGCCCGGCUGGCUCGUCCUGCUGGCACUCGCCAGCCACACGUGGUACAGCACCAGGGCAUGGGACACCUCACUGGCCACGUUUUAA